CCAGGUCAGCCCCACCUCCUCGUUCCCAAACCAAUGGGAAGCGGGCUGUGCGCGCAGGGAGCAGUGGGAAAGCCGCCAAGGCCGCGAGUACGCUGUUGACUUAACAACCGGUGGCAGCGUCUGUUGGGUGAUGGCCUCUAAUUUUAAGAAGACAAACAUGGCAUCCAGUGCCCAGAGAAAAAGGAUGAGCCCUAAGCCUGAACUUACUGAAGAACAGAAACAGGAAAUCCGGGAAGCUUUUGAUCUCUUUGAUGCUGAUGGAACUGGAACUAUAGACAUGAAGGAACUAAAGGUGGCAAUGAGGGCCCUGGGCUUUGAACCCAAGAAAGAAGAAAUCAAGAAAAUGAUAAGUGAAAUCGAUAAAGAAGGAACAGGAAAAAUGAACUUCAGUGACUUUUUGACAGUGAUGACUCAGAAAAUGUCUGAGAAAGACACCAAAGAAGAAAUCCUGAAAGCUUUCAAGCUGUUUGAUGAUGAUGAGACUGGAAAAAUAUCGUUCAAGAAUCUUAAGCGUGUGGCCAAGGAGCUGGGCGAGAACCUGACAGAUGAGGAGCUCCAGGUGACAAGUGGGCUCUGGUUUUCCUGGGUUCUAUUUUCUCUAUUUUCUUUCUUGGAAGGAAAGGUAGUAUCCUGCAUACCUUUGGUGAUAAUUUCCUGCCCAUGGACUCUGUCUUUAGAAUGUACAGUGGAAGUUCCUCUUUUGGCUUUCAGGUAACAGACACUUUCCAGCUUUUUUUCAAUGGAUGCAUAUGACAAUAAUUGAGAUUUGGUUUUCUGGUAACUAUCAUAGAAAGGGGCACGCUCACAUUAAAUGGACCAUAGUCAUCUUUUCUCAUAGCAUUAUUUGAAGUUUCUUAUCUAAUCACUUUGCAGUUUCGUUUGUGACUUAAUCUAAGAGGAACCCUUACCUCCCUGCAGGAAAUGAUUGAUGAAGCUGAUCGAGAUGGAGAUGGUGAGGUCAAUGAGCAAGAGUUCCUGCGCAUCAUGAAGAAGACCAGCCUCUAUUAAGAUCAGUGUUCCUUUUUCUACUGCAAGCACAUGUGACUAGAUUUAGUGCCUGGCAUUUUGUGACAUAUGGCUUUGGAGAGCCCCCCUCCCCUAACCUCUGGGAUAACUUUAGCCAUGACCUUGAAUCUAUUUUUGACUUUUGGAAGUGUUCUUUGAUAUUAAGUUCUUUGUACAUUUACCUGCUGACUAAGUCAGAAGAAGAACAUAAAGUGGGGAAAAGGGUCUGAAGGUGUGACUGUGGCCACUCCACCUUCCAUGACUUCACCUUACUCAUGCAUUUCCACAGAGCUGAAAACAUGCACUGGCUUCUUAGUUGUCCAUGUAUCCAUGUCACCAUAAGCUGUAGUGGUUCUUAAAAUGGUUUUGGUUUUCAUUUGACACCACAAUGCAGUUUUCUCUUUUAUAAAACCUAAUGAGUGCUUGCUGUGGCAUUUGGAUGUGUGUUAAUGCAUUUGUUUUGUCUUUAAAAAAAUAAAACCUUUCUUAAUUUAA